AUGGUAGAGGGUUCCGGGGGGCUCACUCUGGCCUCGCUCCGGGAUGUGGGUGGUGUAGGGGUGAGCUUCCUCUUUGCCAGCUUAGAGCGCCGCGCCGCGCCGCGCCGCUUAACCGGUGUCCGGGCUUCGGUGACGCGGAGCUUGGAGAGAGGGGGGAAGAAGCGAAGAGGAGUCCUGCCGUCCCCCAACCGGGCGCCCAGGCGUGGAAACGUGGGCGGCGGCGAGCGGCUGGCCUCCCUCCCCGCCCUCCCCGCCCUCCCCGCGCGGCGCUCCCGCGUGUGCGGCUGUGUGAGUGCGUGUGUCUCCCUCUCGCCCGGCGCACACGCUCCGGCACUAGUGCAGGCGGCUCCCGGCUCCGCUCGCUCGCCCCGGCCGCUGCGCUCCCGCCUAGCCGCCGCCGGCGCCGCCGCAGUCGCAGCCGGGCAUGCGCUGCGCCGCCUCCUGCUGCCGCCUCUGCUGCUGUCGCUGCUGCUGUCGCUCGCGUCCCUGCACCUGCCGCCCGGCGCGGACGCCGCUCGCGGCCGCGCGGCCAACCGGACCCUGAGCGCCGGAGCCGUCGGGGGUCGGCGUGCCGGGGGCGCCCUGGCCCGAGGCGGCCGCGAGCUGAACAGCACCGCCCGGGCGUCCGGCGGCCCGGAGGCGGGCAGCCGGCGGGCACAGUCCGCGGCGGCGGCGGCGGCGGCGGCCAGCGCGGCCGUCACUUACGAGACGUGCUGGGGCUACUACGACGUGAGCGGCCAGUACGACAAGGAGUUCGAGUGCAACAACAGCGAGAGCGGCUACCUGUACUGCUGCGGCACCUGCUACUACCGUUUCUGCUGCAAGAAGCGCCACGAGAAGCUGGACCAGCGCCAGUGCACCAACUACCAAAGCCCAGUGUGGGUGCAGACGCCCAGCACCAAGGUGGUGUCGCCGGGGCCCGAGAACAAGUACGACCCGGAGAAGGACAAGACCAACUUCACCGUCUACAUCACGUGCGGGGUGAUCGCCUUCGUCAUCGUGGCGGGCGUCUUCGCCAAGGUCUCCUAUGACAAGGCCCACCGCCCCCCGCGAGAGAUGAACAUCCACAGGGCUCUGGCUGACAUCCUAAGACAACAGGGACCAAUCCCCAUAGCACACUGUGAAAGAGAAACCAUCUCAGCCAUCGAUACCUCUCCCAAAGAGAACACACCGGUCCGAUCAACCUCUAAAAACCACUACACCCCCGUGCGCACAGCCAAGCCGACUCCAGGGCAUUAUGGGAAGGAUGCUUACCGAAGUGGAGGACCAGAUCUCCAUAACUUCAUCUCAUCUGGAUUUGUCACGUUAGGAAGAGGACACACGAAGGGUGAUCGUCAGUAUAACCAUCCGAUCUUAAGCAGCGCUACCCAGACCCCUACACACGAAAAGCCACGAAUGAAUAACAUCCUGACAUCAGCCACCGAACCCUAUGACCUCUCCUUCUCACGCUCUUUCCAGAACUUAGCGCACUUGCCCCCAUCAUAUGAAUCUGCAGUGAAGACCAACCCAAGCAAGUACUCAUCUCUGAAGAGGCUGACGGACAAGGAAGCUGAUGAGUAUUACAUGAGGCGCCGGCACCUGCCAGACCUUGCAGCCCGUGGCACCCUACCCCUCAACGUCAUCCAGAUGUCUCAACAGAAGCCGCUGCCUAGAGAACGGCCACGCAGGCCCAUUAGGGCCAUGUCUCAGGACAGGGUUCUGUCCCCACAGCGGGGCUUGCCAGAUGAAUUUGGCAUGCCCUAUGACCGCAUCUUGUCUGAUGAACAGCUGCUCUCCACGGAGCGCCUGCACUCCCAGGACCCGUUGCUGUCCCCAGAGAGGACGGCCUUCCCAGAGCAGUCGCUGUCGCGGGCCAUCUCGCACACGGACGUCUUUGUGUCCACGCCGGUGCUGGACCGCUACCGCAUGACCAAGAUGCACUCCCAUCCCAGUGCCUCCAAUAACUCCUAUGCCACCCUGGGCAAGAGCCAGACCGCAGCCAAGCGCCACGCCUUUGCCUCCCGCAGACACAACACGGUGGAGCAGCUGCACUAUAUCCCGGGCCAUCACACCUGCUACACAGCCAGCAAGACGGAAGUGACCGUGUGACCGGCAGCGUGGCCAGGCUGGUUGGCAGAGUGAGGGCAGGACAAAGCAGAACAUGGCAGGGAUGGGGAACACAGCGUCUAGCCUUGCUCUCCUCCCCUGCCCGGUCCCCCCCAUUUGAGCUGGAGGUGGGCUGCCUUUGUCCAGAAAGCCAUACCCCCGGGGACAUGGCGCCGAUUGCCUGGUCCAGCAAGCACAGACCCAGGCUCUAAAGCUCUUUGUUUCCCAGUAGACUUCCCCUGCAACUGAGAAGAGUGGCGAGGUCCAGCCACUCACUCAGUUCUUGCCCCGCCCCUUCUUGGGGUUCUGCUUGCCAGUGGACCCUCUCCUGAAGGUAACCGGAAGCUGCCUGAGUUUGAACAGCCAGUUGCCCAGAGGGUGCAGUCAGUGGGCUGACCGAACAGGCUGCUCGGUCUUCUUCCUGUAUCUAGAACCGCAUCACAGAAAUCUCUUAGUGCCUAAAAACUGCCUGCUCGCUCUCAGCCAGAGAGCUGCUGUGUCCAUAAGCACAAUAAGAUUCUCUUCUGCCUGCUGGAACUCUGGUCUCUACAGAGUGGCCCUUCCCUUGCUGAGCCCUGCAGCCCCAUAACAGGGAGGGUUCCCUUCCUUCAGCUGCUUGGAUGCCCCUGCCUCUGUGCUGUGGGGGCUGUGCUCUCCCCAGCCUUCCCUGUUUCUCCUCAAAGCUCUCUGGAGCUUUAGCUCUUACCCUCCAGAGAAGAGUAGCGAUGGGUUGCCAAGACUUUAGAGGUGCCUUGGCGGCCUCCUGAUUGUCUCCCCAUUUCCUCCAGGCCUCUGGGUCUGAAGUAGGACCGCCUCUCAGGCCUGCCUUCUUCACCUGAGCUCUGCUCCCAGGAGGCAUCUGCGGUGGGCACAGAGCGAGGGUGUGGGGGGCCACUGUGAUGCCCAGGAUCUCAGGGGCUCGCCAUUCCCAUUUUCUAGGGCUCUGCCUGCCCCCAACCCAUGAGCCUCAGGCAGGACAGAGGCAGAAGUUUCCAGACACAGAGAGAAGAAGCUUAGCCCUCAAACAGGCAGGGGCUCUCUGAAGUGGUCAUGCUGGAGCCUGCCCAUUCCUUUCCACUGUCUUUGCUCACUCCACCAGCCCUUUUCUGUUUAGAACCCAAUCUCUCUCCCGCUGUUACCUCCCAGACCUAUCUCCCCAACGUGCCCCUGCAGCUCCAUUACUUUCAGACCAGUGGAUCAAAGUGACCAAAGCCCAUUGGCAGAUGCAAAUAGAUAAUAGGUUCCCAGGAUGUCGCUCUGAGGGCCAUAUCAACCCCUCUUCCUUGCAGGAGUGCUUGGGCAUAUGGCAGGGUCACCUUGAGCUCUGUGAAAGGCCCUACCACCAGCCCAUCUCAGCCCCUUCUUUGCCUCAAAUUUGAAGGUAGACAAGAUGACAAGUUUUCCAAGCUACUGGAAAACUAUCAAUGAGAGCAAUCCUGCUCCCCCUAAGAUCAGGAGGAGAAAGACAAUGAAGCCCCACCCCCACCACUUCUGAGGGCCAGGGUACCUCUUUGGGACUGGGGAUAAUAGGCCCCAGACUGUCUGGUGAAGUGACAUAAGAAAUUGAACUAUCAUUUACCGGACUCCAGCAGUGAUGUCCUUAAGUCAGAUUUUAUAUCCUCUCAGUUCUGCAUGGAUAGCCCUUAAAAGGUGAGGUGGUGAGAAGCUUGCAUCUGUCCUGGUCGUUUUUAAUCUAGUCAAGUCUACGAGCCAGAGAGAAGUCAGUGGACUGCUUUCCCUCACUGCUUGCAAGAGUCCCAAGCUCUCCUGAGCCCCUCUGCAGAAUCCCCCUCCGUGAAAAGGAGUGUUCUGCAUAACUAGGAAGGAUGGAAGCUGGGCCUUCCAAAGAGCUGUCCCUGGCACCAUAGAGCCAGAAGGCCCCAGACCAUUCUGCUUUCCACACUGUAAACACAUAAACCUUCUUAAGGGCUGGUCCCCAUGGGUCUAUGAGUUUUUGCUGCAGAAGGUAAGGCUUACAGGAAGAGAGGAACUCAAUCCAAAUAGAGAAUGGCUCACUUCCAGAAGCAAAGGCAUGUCUCACAGCUGGCCCCCAGCCCAGCACCCUAUACCUCUCUAACCCUUACCUGGCUUCUUUGAAGACCAUGUGCUGGCGGGAAGGGGAAGGGACAAGAUUGUGGUGGGCAAAGAUCCCCUCCCGUGUGUUUGUACAUCCCAUGGAGAAUCUUCCAGAUACCAAGUUUUCCAGCCCUUGGGGAGCAAGACCUUAACCCAGGCUCCUCCCUCAGCCUUGGCUCUGACAAGGUGUCUGUCUGUCUUUCUGUCUGUCUCAGGGGUUGUUUGACAAGUUGAUUCCAAGCUAUUUCUCAACCCUGCCUUACCACCAUCUGGUAUAAAAUAACCGGCAUCAGUUACGUCAGAAAAUUCUAAUGGAAUGCUUGCUUCCCCUGAAGGCUUUUCUUCUGAUCUAUCUUGGAACAAAAGGAAUAGUAGCAAAAAUUGUCGUCUAUAAACUACUCUAAUCCCGUACCCCCUCCACUCCAAACUCUGGAAAACUGUGUCUUAAAUGGGACAUGGAAAUAUAGUACCCCAUCUUCAGUUCUGCAUGACUACAUUUCAGUUACCUAUAGACAACCAUGAUCCAGACAUAUUUACAUUUGUCUUAACUCUUUUGAGAGAGUCUACAAUCACAUAGCUUUUAUUACAGUAUAUUCUUAUAACUUGUCCUAUUUUGUUAUUGUCUAUCUCUCCCUGUGCCUAAUUUACAAAUUAAACUUUAUUGUAUGUGUAUGUAUACAAAGAAAAACACUAUAUAUAUAGAAAGAGUUUGGUAUCAUGUAUAGUUUCAGGUACCUGUUGGGAUUGUUGGAGCUUAUCCCCCAAUGAUAAGGAAAAACCACUAGAUCCCCUCAACAUAUCCAUCACUUGAGAACCAGCUGUCUCCAUUGCUGUAUGAAGUCACUUGUAAGUGUCUGGGGCUGGAACCCAGACCACUGCUUCUAGCCCAAGCAGGCUGGUCUCCUCUGUCACAUAGUAGGGCGAUUGCUCCCUCAUGAUAAACACUCAUAUCCCAAGCAAACCCAACAUUUCCCUCUGCUUGUUUUGUACCUUUAUGCAUGUCUCCACUGCCCUGGAUUUGACUGUGUACAGGUCUCACUUGCCCCAAAUGUUCCUCCUGAAUAUCUCUUACCACCCCCAUCCUUCAUCAUUCCUUUCUCACUUCCUCCAGUGAACUCUUGGAACCAUAUGUUCAUGAGCCACACAGGCUUGCAAUUAGUUCCUUAACCUCCUAACUGGACUUUGAUCCUCAGAACUCUUCAGUGUCUUAGGUAAUGUGUUUCUCUUGGGAAGUUCCCCCAGCUGAAAUAUCUCCCCAUCUUCACAUUCUCUUUCCUGUAUUAACCUUCUAUGCCAGUUUCUUCUUGCCUUCCUCUCAUUUCCAUCUUCAAUUAUCGAUCUUCCUCCAGCCCUAAGUUCUUUUACCUGGACCUUCUGAAGUCUCUAGUUUUAAGCGUUAGAGCUCUUGAUGUAAACUGUGGAAGACUCUGGCAUUCUUUGAGUCCAUUGUUUGCCUCAUUAGUUUGUUAUACUUUUUCACAUGGGAGAUGACACCCCAAGGUGUGAGGUCACUGGGCUCCUCCCAUCCCUCCCUCUAAUCUCUAAAGGGAGAGCUGCCUGAUUAGAGGUGCCAUGGCCAAAAGAUCAGCUUUGGUUCCUGCAGCUACCAGACUCAAGAAACUCUUGGCUCAACCUGUUACUAGCCCAGAGUGUUCUGCUCUGGCCAAAGAUUCCUCCUCUUUGAUGCCUGUAGUUCUUGCUUCUACCCCGAUACCCUUCCUUUAGUGGAUAUCACAGCUUUUCAUUCACCCCAAAGACACAAGGACCUCAUAAGUCUCCAAGUAUGGAGGAGUAGUUAUCCCAACAUCUCUGCCACAAAACUCAACCCAUUGCCUUUGGAGAGUUCUUGACUGCCACCUACUUCAUCCUUCAUCCCUUCCACAGAUGUCUGUGGACUGGACCCAAGGUCAUAGUUUGAAAGGGCUGCCCAUCACUUGGACCCUAGAAGGCACCUGCUAUGUGAGGAGCAGGCACAUUAGCUCCCUCACAUUCCUCUGUGACCCUCUCUGAAUUAGGGGAACUCUGGAAUAUCUCAAAAGGCUUGCUCUGCUUUAUCAGAGAAUUUUAAUGGCUUAAGUGUUAUUUUUAUAAACAAGUGGGUUAAACAUGAAAGAAAGGUCUUUCUGGUCCCUCUCUUUGAUUUUGGAAGGUGGCAUAUCAAAGAGAAAGAAAAAAAAAAAAAGGACUGAGGCUCUAGAGACAUGACUUCUAUGUCUGGCUUUUGUCUUCAUCUUGCCAUGUGACUAUAGGCAAGUCACAUUUCAGUUCAGUGCCUCAGUUUCCUUACCUAUAAAAUGGGUUUUGACUAGAUGAGCCCUCAAAGUUUUAUCCAGCUCUUACACUCUAGGGUUUUCCAUCUUCACAUUCCCUUCUCACUCAUUCCCACUUGAACUGAGCUGCACCCAUCACACUCUGCCUGCCCUGGGGUAAAAUCCUCACAGGCCCUAGACAGUCACCAUCCUCCUCACCAGAUUGUGGGUGGAACCAAUGGGAUUGGCCACUCAUGGAUGCUCUUGUUAUCUGAAAGUUGAGGCCUAACAACUCAACAGGUCACCAAUCAUGUGUCUCAAAAGCCUCUCAUAUAAACAUACCUGAAACACCUGGGUAUCUGUUGCUGUUAAAUUCUGAGUUUGGAGUUUUCAUUUUUGAUGUUGUCCUCAUAGCUGGAGGGAGGUGACUCUACUUUUAGAGAGGGGACAGGCUGAAAGGGUCUAGAUAUCUGACCAUGACAUUGGGCAUGGAGUUUGUAUUUAAGGUCACAUGGAAAAUUUGUCCCAUGUCCCAAAGGAGCAUGCUUGACAGAGGCUCUGUGUGGCAAGGGAUGUCAUCAUAUCCCACCCCACAGCAUGUGUCCCGAAGAAGACCACAUCUGGAUGCUGAAGCUCCAUCUCAGCUGGAGAGGAUGAGGCACCGCCACCUGGGCUGCUGGGAGGCAGGUUCUCACCCCAUCCUGUAUCUUUGUGACUUCUCUUCACGAUGCCAUCAUCCUCCCCAUGAAGGCUUUGGAAGUAUCAAUGGAAAUUCCAAGUCCCUGUCAUCAAACCCAUCUUGUAAAUCGCAAACACAUUAACCUUCCAUCAUUCAGAGAAAACAAAAUGAUGCUGUGUGUUUGCUUAACAGCCUCCUAUGGGAGAAGAAGACCCUGCUCAACUUUGCUGCCAACCCUUCAAUGGCCCUCAAAUGCCACUCUACAGGAGAACCCAUUCAUUUGCUUAAUAGUGGCAAACCUGUCUCUAGUCCUGUAAACUCAACUAGACAUUUUGUAGUAAAGAAUUCUUGAAAUUCUCUAAUAAAAGGCAAUUCUUACUGUAACAUUUUUAGUUUGGGGACACAAUUUCCUAAGGGGUGGGGUUAAAGGAACAUUUUUACUCAUUAGCUGGAUUUAUGGAUUCUAUGUUUAUUAUAUGGUAGUAUUAUGGAAAGUACCUUUAUAUCCAUACCUUUGCAGUUUCUCCAUCACUCACAUUCCUGCUUCUGUACAAAUUCAUCAUCCACCUUCCCUGUCAAAGCACACCCUAUAUGUACUGUGAACAGAGAUUGAUUUAGUAAGAUUUAGUCUUAAGGAUUUUUCCACUUUUGUCAGUAACAGAUAUUUAUGGAUCAAAAAGAAAAUAAAGCUGUUUCAACAUAACCUGUGUGUCUUAAAGUAGCCACAUGCUUACAGAGUCAAAACAAAGGUCAUGUAAAAACAAAAACAAAAACCAUAAAACAAGGAAGGAUAUGAGAAAUAACUGUAGUCAGGAGAGGAAGCAGGUAUUGACCAUAGAGGGUUGCUAGGGAACUUUGGGUGUGAUGAGAUGUUCUAAAUCUGGUUGUGGGGAAAG